UUCGUCCUCUGCUCCUCUGAUUGGACAGCAGCUCCUUCAGCCCUGUGCUCUGCACUGCGCGGGUCAACAGCCAGCAUCUUGCUGAAGACAAGACACAGGACACGCGAAAACCCGGCUCCGAGGCUGCCAAGAACAAGGACAUACAGGGAGAACUGAAGCCAAAAAUUCAUGGAUCGGAUUACUGAACGCAUGCUGCGUCACGGCAUCGGUGUGUCCUGCAUCGGAAAGCAGCUUGACCCUCCAGUAAGUUCUGCAGCGCUCCGAUUCACUUAAAGAUCCAGGUCUUUGGCCUCGCCUCGUCUGUCUGAUCCCCGGGGGACCAGCGCUGCGGAGAUGAUAGAGGCACAGAGAGCGUAGCAGAUGGGAUGAAUAUUUAUUGAAUUAAGUGAGGUUUUAGAACCACAACAUGUUAGGAGGAUGAUGAUCAAUUCAGCAUGGCCUUAAAAGACAAAUAACUGACAAGGUCACCAUGGCCUUAAGCACAGUAUUUUUUAAUAGAGUGCCUACAUUUUAUGAAUUGACUCACUGGUCAGAGAGAGAAGUCCACAGACUGGAGCCAUGAUGCUGUUUAAAUAAAUCCAGGACUGGCAGCUGGGGUGAGCAGGUCCGCGGCGAUAUGAUCUCCAAAGUGUCAUGUCUGUACCUGCUCACGGUGCUGUGUUGGGCGAGCGCUCUGUGGUACCUCAGCGGCACUCGACCGUCCACCUCCUACGUGGGCCAUAUGUCUAUCCCGGUCCGCAGGCAGCCUCCAAGGUUCCCGAAAAACAUCACAUUCAGCAACAUCCGAACUCGCACGCUCAAUCCGCACGCCUUCCACUUCCUGAUCAACGAGCCGAAGAAAUGCGAAGGCAACCCGCCCUUCCUGCUCAUCCUCAUCAGCACCAACCACAAGGAGUUCGAUGCCAGACAGGCCAUCCGCGAGACGUGGGGAGACGAGAGCACGUAUGGCGACGUUCGCAUCGUAACGCUCUUCCUGCUCGGUCACAACCCUGAGCCGGUUCUCAACCAGAUGGUGGAGCAGGAGAGCCAGAUCUUCCACGACAUCAUCGUGGAGGACUUUGAGGAUUCUUAUCGAAACCUGACGCUGAAGACGCUGAUGGGAAUGCGCUGGGUGGCCUCGUACUGCCCUGACGCCAAGUACGUCAUGAAGACCGACAGCGACAUUUUCGUCAACAUGGACAACCUUGUGUUGAACCUGCUAAGACCUAACGCACAGCCCAGGCAGCGUUUCUUCACGGGCCACGUCAUAAACGGAGGGCCUAUCCGAGACACUCACAGUAAGUGGUACAUGUCCAGAGAGUUGUACCCCGAGAACAAGUACCCCCCUUUCUGUUCCGGCACAGGGUACGUGUUCUCUGGUGACAUGGCAGAGUUGAUCUAUAAGACUUCCCUCCAUACUCGCCUCAUUCACUUGGAGGACGUGUACGUGGGGUUGUGUCUGCGCAAGCUCGGGGUCCACCCUAUCCAGAACAGUGGCUUUAACCACUGGAAGAUGAGCUACAGCCUCUGCCGCUACCGCAGGGUCGUCACCGUGCAUCAGAUCUCACCGGAGGAAAUGCACAGGAUUUGGAAUGACAUGACUAGCAAGAAACAUCUCAAGUGCUAACAUCCCUUACAGCACCAUCUACAGUCUGGGAGGAAACAGUGGUCUGUUGCAAUUCUACAGGAACCAGCUGCAGGUCUGAAUCACGAUGGAGGUGGAGCUCACGUGGUGGCUCAGGGGUUACGCCUCUAAGUUAUUAACUGUGAUUUGAUUAUGAGUUUGAAUCCCAGGAAUUCCAGAGAACUUCGACUGGAGUCUUAGGCACUUAACCCUGCUUGGAAUGUAUCCUUUGUUAAAUUGUAAGUCGCUUUAAAUAAACAUUUUUGCCAAAAUAUAAAGAAAAAAAAGUAUACAGAUAUCGAGGUAUUUAGGCUCGGCUAGAUCUUGCCUAUCCAUAUAACCAAUACCCUUUGGAAUAAAAUAAAAAAAACAAUUCUAGGCAUCAUUCAGACCCAUGUUAUAGCCUGCUCCAAAGUGCUGAUGGGAAUCAAGGCUUAAACUUCAGCCGAGAUUUGAAUGUCGUUUUUAAUUCUUGUUCUUUUAUUUCUAAUUCAUGAUUCAGGCACGAGACAGACAAAAUCUCUGCCAUGGACUUGAGCGGAAAAUCUUUAAGCCACAACUGUACGUUUAUAUGGUCUUGGUGUUUUUGGGGUUUUUUUCCUGUCUGAAAGUGCUUAAAAAAGAGAAGUAUUGAUGCAGUGAUCGAUGCACACACUUUACAAAUGACAAACUUUGCUAAUCUGCGAAUAAAUAAACACCAGCAAGAAGGAGAAGAGAGGUGAUGAUUCUGUGGAGGAGAUUAAUAACAGCUCUGACAGAUUAACAGCGUUAAGGACAUUUUUCCAGAAUAUUUCCGAUGCACUGAGACGGAAUUGUUUUUAUUGAUUUAUUUAUUUCGUUUUUUAUUUUUUAAAGACGUUUCCCAGAGACAUGUGAAGUAUCUUUCAGCAGCCCGUUGACCUGAAAGAGCACAACACACAGCAAGAGUAAGCAGAAUCCAAACAAUAGCAGGGGUGGACUAGUAAUAAAUAAAUGAAAGUUAUCAUGCUACUCAGUUCCUAGACAUUUGAAUGCCUGGAGAUCUAACUAGCCUGAAAAGCAUAAUCUAAUAUUAUAUAUCGGCUCUAAUUAGCUAGUUAAGUGCAUUAAUACAGACUACGGUUAUUAUCCUCAUCUGUCAGAAAGUCGGACUGAGGUGUUUUCACAUCAACGUAGCAAACAUAUCAAAGAUAUUUGUCUUUAUUCUCAUCCUAGGUUUAAAUCUAUGAGCCGACUGAUAUUUUACGCACAAGGACAGAUUUUAAUAAAAGGUAAAUGUCCGGUAGUUUCCUGAACCUCAUUACACAAUGAACAUAGAUAUCUGUGCAAAAGGAAUUACUUUACUUUUGUUAAUUAUGGGAUAAAAAUAUUCUCAGAGACUGGAAAUUUGUCUGAAACUGAAACCUUGUAGGAAGCCAGAAGUGGGAAAAAUGUUGAAUUCAAUUCAAUUCAAUUUUAUUUCUAUAGCACUUUGAACAAUGGACAAUGUCUUAAAGCAGCUUUACAGAACAUAACAAUAUAUUAGUUUAAUAUUAAUAAUAAUAAUAAUAUAUAUAUAUAUAAAGCAUAUAUACGCACACUGAUUUCUCCACCCCUGCAUAAUAGUUUGUUUUUGCUCUCCUGCUGUUGUGGGAAAUCCUCGUGUCUGAUGAACGAGACGCUUGUUUUCAGAAUCAACGUCUUUCUCUUCAAAUAUCGAACACGAUUUUAGUGCAUCCAGGUCUUAACCUUCCUAAUGCGUCGAUCCUCAAGCGCUCACUUUCUGCCAGAGCGUACUUUUCAUCCUCGUGUACUAAAUAUAAGCCCAUAAAGUAUUAACCCGGACCGUGACGUUAAAGACGUUCCGUGUUUUUUAUUUCUAUUAAUUCAUUCAUUUAUUUAUUUAUUUUGCGAGCAGCUUUGCAAAACAGUAGAGCUCCUAGAAUAUAGUGAACCUAAAUGACACAAUUCAGCAUUUUAAACUAAAUACAGAAAAUCCUAAUACAGACAUCAGCAUCACAACCAAUACGCACAAAUAGAGAAGGCACGUACAAUAAAAUCUUCACGUCAUAUAUAAGUAAUAAAUACUGUAUAUCCUACAGAGCAUACGGAUGCACAAGUUCUGCUGCUAAUUCAGUAAACACGCCUCCAAGCUGUAAUAUGCAAAAGGAAUUAUCUAUAGAUAUAAACACCAUUUCUGAUCAUAUCAGCAACACAAUGACUUUUAGACGUUUAUCAGUGUUUUCUAGAGAGGAAAAUCUUACAGUCUGUCAUGGUUGCCACUGAACAUUAAAUAGGAAAGCCACAAUCAGAGAUUUGUGAAAGGUAAUAAAGGUGUAAUAAAGGCUAGUACUGAAGAACCAGCAAGUCCAUCAUAUUACUAGAUAUUUAAAACAGUAUAUAAAGUGCAAAAUUUUACAUCCUCCAUGUUUUCAGGAAGAAAGGUAGAUAUAAUAAUAAUAAUAAAAAAUAAAAAAAGAUUUUAUUACAGAACUUCCACAUACAGGAAAAUGAGAAAUGACAAGUUUGAACAACUUUAUUGCUAAUUAAUUGUGUAGUUUUUGAUUUUUAUGCGCAUCCUCAAUAAACAUUUGUCAAGCUCCAAUUAUUGCUAUGUAUUUUUGUUUAAAUAAUAAAAUAAUUUUAUAUUUUGAGUUGCAUUUUAAAUGUUAGGAAUAAAUAAAUAAAUAAAUAAAUAAAUAAAUAAAUAAAUAAAUAAAUAAAUAAAUAAUCACCAUCAUUUUCUUCUUCUUCAUCAGAAUUCAAGAAGGAUAUUCAGUAUUAAUUACUUUAUCUUACUAUUUAGUUUUUACUAUUUUUUAGUAUUUUUCUAACCCUAUCUAAACACACUAAAUGUCUUGCUGCUUUAAAAUAAAUUCCAUGGCCUUUUAAAAAAGUAUUCCUAGCGUUAUCAGGUUUUUUUGCACCUGAAUGUAUAAUUAAUGCUUUAUUGACUGAGAUAGUUUUUUUAAAAUAUAUUCGAUAGCAUGGUGACCUUGUCGCUACAAUAUUUAAUGAAUUUUCAGAUUUUGUUUGCUUAUUUUCACGUCAGUGUGUUUCCCCUUUUCCUGAGCUUGAUUAAUGACAUUUUCAGAGCCUCAUGUCACACCUUUAGCUGCUUCCUCCAGAGCUGAGGAGGAUCAACAUUUUUAUUAUUCUGAAAUCUCUGACUGUGGCUUCGGAGCUGAGGGAUAAGUCGUAGGGAAGUGGGAUGGGAGGAUUGGUCUGUCAGUACGUCCUGGUGAUACACAAGCUGUAUGAUAAAUACCACUUUUUUUUAGAAAAUAAAAAUAAAAAAACUGAAUAAAGGCUUUCUGAUUGUGCACUUUAAAGGAAAACACACAGGAAAUGAAUAAUUGUCCUGGCAUCUCUGAAGGUUAAACAUAUCCUUGUUUUUUUGUUUUUUUUUUUAAAUAAAAGCCUUGAUGAUUCCUUUCGCAUCUGUCCUGUUUUCUCUGGUCCAGGACAUUGUUCUUUUAUCUCUUGCCUGGUUCUUGUUUUUCAGUGCCAAGGAACAAUAGAUACUGUACUACAGUAAGGCAGAAAAGAAUGCUGAGGAAUAGCAUGUAGUACAGAGCAGGACAGUAUAGCACUGUAUAGUAUAGUGUAGUAUAGUAUAGUGUAGUAUAGUGCAGUAUAGUAUAGUGUAGUAUAGUGUAGUAUAGUAUAGUGUAGUAUAGUAUAGUAUAGUGCAGUAUAGUAUAGUGUAGUAUAGUGUAGUAUAGUAUAGUGUAGUAUAGUAUAGUAUAGUGUAGUAUAGUGCAGUAUAGUAUAGUGCAGUAUAGUGUAGUAUAGUGUAGUAUAGUAUAGUGCAGUAUAGUAUAGUGUAGUAUAGUGUAGUAUAGUAUAGUGUAGUAUAGUGCAGUAUAGUAUAGUGCAGUAUAGUGUAGUAUAGUGUAGUAUAGUAUAGUGCAGUACAGUAUAGUGUAGUAUAGUGUAGUAUAGUAUAGUGUAGUAUAGUAUAGUGUAGUAUAGUG